AUGAGAAAUUGCAUUUGCAACAUAAGCAUGCAUGUCACAGCUGCAGACUUGAACAGGAAAAGCACCGAGGCCUCCAAGAACUUCAAGAUGCUUGAGGAGGAGACUGGCUUCUAUCACAACCUGCACAGCCAGCUGCUGAUGGCCCAGGCUCAGCUGAAGAACAAAGUGAAUAUGCUGAAGCAGGAAAAUAGGAGAAUUUGGGGGCGAUGUGCCACACUACAGCAGAACUUGGGGGAAUUGAAAAUGAUCUAUAAGAAUCAACCGAAGGACACCAGUGACCCCCAGACCCAGCAGCAGCAGGAUCCAGAAAGAAUGGAGGAAUUGCUGCAGGACAGUCACAAGCAGAAGGAGCUGGGCAUCCAAGAGAAGAAUUUAGCAGAAAAACAGCAGUAUUACUUUGACGUCCUCCGGAAGAGCCGCUUCCUGACAGAGCUGAGUCAGUUGAAGAAGAAGGUGGAAAUGCUGAGUCAGGAAAACAAGGAAAUGCAGGAGGAUUGUGCCCUACUACAGCAUCACGUGGAGGACCUGAAACCAAUCGAUAAGAAGCAACAGGAGGAGGACAGUGACCUCCAGACCCAGCACCAAAAGCACAUGGAAAGGAUGGAGGAAAAGCUGCAGUACGUGCUGAAGAAGAAGAAUAUGGCCAUCAAGCAAAGGGAGUUAGCAGAAAAGCUGAAGUACCACUUUGAGGUCCUGCAAAUGAGGUUUGAUAAAUUGAAGCAUGAGAUGGAACUGGCCAUAGCCCAGGAAGAGAGUAUCCUGCAGAAAGACCUGCUGCAUCAGGAGCCCCCUGCUGAGCCCCAUCCCCAGAAACCACAGAAUCCCUCGGGUGGGUUUGCUUUAACAUAGAAUAUUUCCUCAAUGUGAAUGGGCCCUAA